CUCAGUAGAUCCAGAAGAUUCACCAGAAGCCGGUCCGGACGUCGAAAUGCCGGGAGUUGCAAAACCACUGGUGACCACCGAAGCACUGCUCGCGAGAAGCGUAGUUGCAGGAAGCUCAGCAGUGACCGGUGGCAAUGUGCCAGAUGAUACGGAUGAUAUGGUGCUAGGUUCCGAGGACACAGUUCUGCUGGCAGUCGCGCCGCCAACAACAUUAGGCGAUGUGCCAGUUGACGCACUAUCAGAAGCCGAGGAGCUAGGAGCGGAGGAAGUAUUGCCAGGAUGCUGGCUUCCACUGGCGAUAAUUUCUUCUGCGGAAAUGUCACUGAUCGACGUAGAAAUGGGAUCGUUGCUCGGUGCUGCAGGUGUACUAGCAGUAGUGGUGUCGAAGACAUCAAUCGACUAAGUGUUCCUCGUCGAGGCAGUCACGAUUUGGAUGCUCGUCGUAUCUGUCGACGCUCUAGUGUCGGGCGUCUGCGCCGAGGGAUCGGGAAACAAGCCAUCGGGUGUUGCAGUGAGAUCAAUUGUCGUCGUGGCAAGGGGUGUCGGCUCGGUGUAA